AUGGGGAAGCUGUUGUCGAAGAUAUUUGGCAACAAAGAGAUGCGGAUACUGAUGCUGGGUCUAGAUGCCGCAGGGAAAACAACUUUAUUAUACAAAAUGAAAUUAGGUCAAUCCGUUACAACAAUACCGACAGUGGGAUUCAACGUAGAAACCGUCACAUACAAAAGUGUUAAAUUCAAUGUUUGGGAUGUGGGAGGACAAGACAAAAUUCGACCUUUGUGGAGGCAUUACUUCACAGGUACUCAGGGACUCAUAUUUGUUGUCGAUUGUGCAGAUCGAGAUCGUAUCGACGAAGCUCGGCAGGAGCUGCAUCGCAUUAUCAACGAUCGGGAAAUGAGAGAUGCCAUUAUUCUUGUGUUUGCCAACAAACAAGACCUUCCAGAUGCGAUGAAACCACAUGAAGUUCAAGAGAAACUGGGAUUAACACGCAUCCGAGACCGCAACUGGUAUGUACAGCCAUCUUGUGCCACCACGGGUGACGGCCUCUUUGAAGGAUUAACGUGGCUGACGUCCAACCACAAGUCCUGA